GUAAGAAAGGAUUCGAUUCUGCUUCGAAGAAGCGCGUCGAACGCGCCGUUGAAUUUCUCUUCCAAGUCCAAAAUAAAUUCGCGACGAUCUCGCGGAGUUAUCAGUGCGUGAUCGAUAAUGACGAUAAUCGCGCUUAUUUAAUCGACGAUUACGUUAGAGUGAAUUCGAGUCGAUUGUACCUACGUGCAAGGUUAUCGCGUCUGAUAUCACCGGCUUUCGUCGACGUGAGUUUGCCUCUCGGACUUUGAACGACACGUUCUUAUCGAGAACUCGUGAAAUUUGCACACGAUUGCCAGAUAUUCCAGAAUUCCCAAAAUGGUCUAUUUCAAAUAAAAAUCGGAUUCAGUCGCGAUAAACGUUUUUAAGAUAUUGUUAAGAAGGAUUUGCAAAUUUGUAGGAAAUAAUUGAACGCAGAAUGGAAUGGAAAUAAGUCGCCGAUGUGAAACUUUCAUUCUCCUUGAAAAAAAAACGAUACGAUACCGUCUUUCUCGCGAAUAUGUUGAUCCACAUUGCGCUGGAAACUCGGUGCUCAUUUAAAUAGAAUAGCCAUGAGAGUGCAAGUAGCACCUUUCUAAGGAAAAGAUUUCGUCGGAACAACAAACACGCUUUGUUAAGACACUUAAGAUACUUCGGAGGAAUGAUAGGAGAGGAUCCUUAAUAAGGCGAAUCUUCUUUCAAUAACUUUUGAAUAUCUCUAUUCCUACAACAAUGCUAUAAUUUUCCCUAAAUGAUGUUUUCCUUACGAUAUUUUUCCGCAUACAUAGCAUUCGUAAAAAUUACGCGAAAAGGUCAGGUUCAUUUUCGUUAAUUAUGCAUUGAGAAACUGCUAAUUAAAGAGUUAACAUCAUUACUUUGCCCAGAAUAAUAUCAUGUCUGCACGAAAAGAUGAUGAACAAUCAUGAAAAUUUUUUUCGAAUCUUAUUUACUUAAAACAAAUAAUUGAAUAAGCACAAUUACAUAUUUAUAGAUCACUCUGUAUAUUAAUAUUACACGCGGCAUUUCGCGAAUGCGUAUUGGCACAGCAGCGAAAAACGUGACACGGAACGACACCGAUCGUUUCGACCUUGAUAGUCGAUGUUGCACCUCGCGCGUUUCCACAUCCGUUCGAGUAACCGUUACAACGAUUUUACGCGGUUCUUAAUAUCCAAACCGACAUAGAAGAAGUCGGACGUGACGUUUAAAUAAACGAUCGCGAGUCAUCGUCCGAUGGCAAUAAUAAAUCGCGUUUCUCCGCGCGCGCGGUUUUCCGAAGACUCGUCGGCGAAGCCACAAGCACGUCCAAGUUGCUUAACGGCAUAUCGCGCUUUCCAUUCUGCUCGCGUGUUAUCGCGCAAUUAAUUUCGCGAGGAUCAUAAUCGGGAAAUCGGAUUUUGAGUAAUAUCCGACGCGGCGAUGCGCUCAUCGAUUUUAUCUCUCAGGAAACUCAAUAACGCUUGAUAAAGGGAACCUCGACUCGCAAUCUCUGAAUCCGAUAACAAGGCACAAAGCAAGACUAAGAGACACUCGGGAAGAUAGUUGAAUGAUAAAUCGUCGUGCAAAUGCAUCAAUUUUUCGCAGACGAUUUCGUAUUUCGUGAUGAAUGAGAUGGAAAGCAAGACGAUAUUGCCGCGCGUCGCGGAUCUGGAGCGCAGUGUUCAGUGGACCAGCCUGGCGAACGACAUCCACAACCUGGAGAGACGUUGCGACGUCAGACCGAUGGCCCGUACCAUCGAGAGGCAUACCUAUCAUCGAGGUUCUAUGCCGGAAAUGCAACGGGCAUGCACGGUGCUUUGCGAUGAUCCCGACGCGCUCUCGCAAAGAGACCCAGAGAGCUAUCUGGAGCCGGAGAACUCCCGUUGGAGUUGGAAGCCGAGGACGGAUUUUGAGCGGGAGUACUUUUACAAGGAUUACAAGGACUAUUACUGCGGUGGUUCAGGUGGUGCACGACUCGAACCGACCGUCCAUGAGAUCUCUGCGGGAGAUCGAAGUUACCUGCAAGAGGAAACGCGUUCCUACGCAAGUCCCGUCGCACAUUUUUCCUCGGCGCGUCACCCCAUUGGACUCGAGAAGGAGCACUUCAGCAACAGCAGGGAUCGGUUGCACGAGAUUUUCGAGCACAAUCGUUAUCUCCGGCGACAGUUCUUCGCUGAUACGAGAAAUGCGCCACGGGAUUCCAGCGGAUUGCAUUCCAAGAACUUCGGCAGGGGCAAUCAGACGUCCAGGCGUUGCACCGGAUUCGGCAGCACCGAGACGCUCACCAGCCAGAGCAAUCAAUCGUCCAUGAGUAGUAUAAAUGAUCGCAAGUCUCGGACGCAGACAACGCGUACUCCAGAAGAGGAAGAGGAGGACGACGUGUUGGUCGAAUUCGCCAGAAGGAAUAACAUCGUCCCGCAUAGGAAAUUCAACAUGAAUUCACCUGGAAUCGAUCGCGAGAAUGAUGACGAUGUCCGGAAAAAUGGCAAGGUGCUCGUCAAUAUUCUACCCGGAAGCGAGAUAAGACACGUCAACGUGAGAAAUGUCCCGGUCGUUAAUCCUGAAGAGAUGAAUAACGAACGAAACGAGGGCUCGCCGAUUGUCGAAGCUCGAGAAGCGACAUGCGAGCGAAGAAUACUCGAUAAUCAGUGCCGCGAAGACGAAAUUGAUCGCGGCGCGUGGCGCCGAAAGAGGAACCUGCCCGAGUACAUCUUUGGCGGAGACUCAAAGAUCGAUUCUCGACGGGACGGAACUUUGCCAAGCGAUCGUUGCAUCAGAAACGGACAUCAUUGCGACGCGACUGAUCGACCGGCGCGGGACAAGUUGGAGCGAAACUGGAACCGACUCUCGCAAAAUGAACCCUGUCCUUGGACGAUCCCUCAAAAGCGGUCGAACCGCAAUGUCGCGUCGAGGAACGACGGAAGGAUACGCCAGGAUCUCUGCAAAUCCCUGCCGAAUCUGACGAUCCAGAAGCAGAACCUCGACGCUCCGCUUUACGUUGCACGAGCGGUCAAUGUUCCCGAGGGAUCCGCGUCGGACGAUUACGCGCUCGAUUCUCAUAUCGCGAGAUCGGGUCACGGGUCGGGCCAAUGUCGGGAGCAACGAUCGGGACACGAGGGUCCGAUACGCUCGAUCGACCAUGGACAAUCGAUAUCUAAGGCGACGACAGUCUCGCUCAAGCGUUUGACCUCACGGAGCAAGAUCGGGAAAGUUGCUCCUCCUCCCCCGUUGGACCUCAGCAUGGUGAAUGAACAAUGCGAACGCAUGGAGGCGGACGAAAGGAAAUAUCUAAACGACUAUAGCAUCGACGUGGCUAUUCUGCGCAGCCAGGAGGAUCUUGUAAAAGAUCUGCUUACCGCUGAAAACAAACGGGACCGCGUCGUCGGCAACGUUACAAGGAUCAACGACGUAGGUGCGCCUCGAAGUGGUCAAUUUUGCGGAAGAAACGAUGGAAGACGACUGUCUUUCCUACGCAAAUCCUGCGGCGAUCUCUCGCUGGUCGAUGAUCUUCGAUCGCCGCAGCUCGUCAACGAUUGCAAGAACCUCAGCAGCGAUCCGCGGAUGACGGUAGAUCCUGUCAGACGUCCGAUUGACCCUGAUGCCUCCCGCCGUGACCGCCGAGCCAACCCUUUGUUCGAUCAGACGAGUCCGAUUGGCGGACUUCACGCCGCCGGAAGCACGCUUCCGUCUACGGUCUACGGACCGAUUCCGUACAGUCAGUAA